CUCUCUGUAAUCAAUUCUUUGAGAACAUCUGGAUCGAAUCUUUGUUUGCUUGCUGCAAUUGUGGUUUUGUUUCCUUCCCUGCUCCGAAUCUCUGUUUGAUCGUGCUCGCUGAGAUGAGUCUCCGGCUCCUACUGCUCGAUUCACCAGCGCCGCGACUGUCCAGCUCAAAGCCUCCGCCUCAAAAACCGCGAUCAAGGUCAGUAGUUCUUCGAUCGAUUCGUCCCCGGGCCUCUUCGUCCGCGUCAUCGGCCGCAGGGGACUUCGAUUCCAACGAUGCGAGUCCCAAAGAAGCUAAAGACGCAGGCUACAAGUCUCUGCUGGUGGCCAUGGGCGUUCCUCUAGCCGCGGGAUCGCUGGUGGCAGCAUUCAACAGGCCGGAUGAGUGGUACUUCCAGCUCAAGAAACCGUCGUGGACGCCUCCAGCCCCAGUGAUUGGAUUUGCGUGGAGCCUCCUCUAUCCUCUCAUGGGCGCCGCGGCCUGGCUAGUGUGGAGGAACGGGGGAUUCGAAGAACAGCGAUCGGCGCUCACGAUCUUUGGCGUUCAGCUGGGGUUCAAUCUCCUGUGGCAAGUCGCAUUCUUUGGGCUGCGCAACCCGGCGCUUGCGUUCCUGGACAUAUCCAUCUUGGUUCUGCUCGUGGGCAUUUGCGUUUGGGCAUUUGGGAAAUCCAGUGCCGCAGCUGCAAACGCGAUGAAGGUGUAUCUCCUGUGGGUGAUCUUUGCUGCUGCUCUCAACUACAAAAUCUGUGCGCUCAAUCCAUAAAAGAUCACAUCUCUCCCUCUCUCUCUCUCUCAAUCAAGAUCAUAUUUGCCUCGAGUAACUUGGGUGAUCUUGAAAGAUCACAUCCCCUUCUCUCAUCCAAAACUAGAAAAAUGAAUCAAGAUCACAUUUGCCUCAGUAUUGGAACACUGGAGUAACUUGGGUGAUCUUGAAAAAACUUAAAGCU